AUUAAUUAAAUUGAAAAGUUUUCACUGUUUAAAUAUUUGAUUCUUAACGCUUUUACUUAGAUAUACAAUUUCAGAUACAAGUUUAUUUCCUAUUUAUUCAAUUCAGAACAUGGUUUUUUUCAAUCGGUUACCUAAUGUACUGUUUAAAAAACUUUUAAAGCAAAAUAUUUUUAAAAUUAAUUUUUUAUUUUAUUUUUAAUGUUAGGAAAUAAAAACCCGAAGACGUCAAGUAAAGAGAUUACGAGUAUAUUUUUUUCUAAACCGAGAGAAAUAACGAAUUUUUAUCGCGAGAACUGAGAGAAAGCCAGGAGGCGAAAAUUAUGAAAGUAGUGGCCCCUCUGUUGUUAGUGUUUGAAUCGAGGAAUGCAUUUAUGUUCUUAUAAAAAAUUUACUUUUUGAAUCUGUUCGAAAUCUUGAAUUUGACCUUCUUUAACUGAUUUUCUAAUAACAGUUUUUUACUAUAAAAAACUUCAUGAAACAAAUUUUCCAUAACAUUUCGAAUCUUUUUGAUUUUUCAAAUCGAAGAACCGAACAGAAGACAUUAACCGAUAAAAUUUUUUUUUUCUUUCGGAUGCUUAGAAAUUAAUUUUUUUUGGCUUGGCUCAAAUGAAUGAAUUAAUUUUAGCAUUUCCACUCUACCAUAAUAUUUAACAGUCGCAAGAUGUAUUUUGUUAUUAGGCUUGUUGCUUUUCAAAAGUUGUACUUUCGAAUCACCUUUUUUAUUUAAUAGAUUCUGCCACUUUCUUAGAAAGUCUUUCUGAGUGUAAGCGAUUCUUAAAAUUAGUAAGCUCAACACUUGAUAUGUUCAUUUCUGAGUGGAGAUCAAAAUAAUUUAGCGAAACAAAGCAAGAUAACUUUGUGUGAGCAAAAGUAAUUUGACCUUUAUCUUUUACAGUGCAUCAAUCAAUGUUUCAAAAAACUAUUAUAGGUGUUAGUUUAACAGACUGUUGCCAAUAUUUCUUGUAUCGAAAUAAAAUGGGUUUGGUAAAUGGAAAAUUGGCUGGGAAAAAGAGAAUUUCAAAAUUCUGAUUUUGUGGCAACCCUGUCUUCAGAAUUUAAACAUAGAGCCUUGAACUCAGCCGAAUUUAAAGAAAUAGACAAAUGAUUCCUCACUUGAAGUUCGCCUCAAAGUUACCUUAUAUUCAGAGUAAAGGCUAUGUCUCGGUCAAAAUAUCCAGCUACAGUAAGUAGCAAUCACAAUUCUUUUGAAGGUAAAAUACCUUUUUUAAUUAAUCUAGAUCUAGAUUUCUAGACCGGAGCACAUUAUAGAAAUGAGCGCUGAGCCACAAAUUCAUGAUGAUGUGUCAAAAAAUACCUUUCUUGAUCAAAACCUCUGUCAGAAUGUCAGCUUCAAAUCACUUCCAGCUUUAGAAACGCAAAAUUCUCUGGAUGAAAUUAGAAGAUUGCGAAGACACUCUGCAUAUCAGAGAAGAAAUAUUUUGCGAUCUUUUGUCAAAGCAAUUGAAAGAAGACCAAAGCGUAGACUCAAUCAAAAUAAAGCAUGUGCCGAUAGGACCAAUCAAGACUUGUCGAAAAAAUCGAGUCUUGAAUUAAAUAUUCACACUUUGCGAAACAAAUUGACCAAGGAGAAAAGUUUCGCCAAUUUUAAUAUUCAAAAACUUGGAACAAAAAUUAAGAGUCAUUUCAAAAAAGGAGUUUGUGAACCUCAAUUUUCUGUUCAAAAAGAAGCGUUUCUCAGUGAAAAAGGCAUUAUAAAAUCAAUAUGCCAUCAAAAUAAUAACGAAGCUGAAAAAAGUAUCUUAAAAGCUUUCCAAAAAUUGAAUAUUGACGAGGCUGAAUCGAAGCAAUUUGAGCUUCUAAUAAAACCAGGAAGUAUGGAAAUGUCUGAUAAUUGUACGGGGAACAGUGAAUCCACUAUGGAUUCUUCUGGGAGUCAUAUAUUCAAUUCUGAAUCAUCUGGUGAAAGUGAAAAGCCAGUGGAGAAUAAAAAUGGUGUUCAAACUUUAUAUACUCAGAGGCAAAUGGAUUUCAGUUCCGGAGACGAUGUCCAAAAUUGCGCUACUUUUCAGUCUGAUGCAAAUUGUGAGACAGAUAAUUUGAUGGCAGAAGAAUCUGAAAAUUUAGGGUCUAGAAGAAGAUCAGUUCAGUGGAAUGGAGAAGUCGAUGUUGUUUAUUAUGCGGGUGAUUCUGAUGGAGGCAAAGUUUUGGGACGGGAAAGAGAACCCUUGAGAGAAGAAGAUGACCAACAAGCUCGACAUAAAAGAUUCAUCGAGUUCAUGGUCAUGAAACAAAGUUUACUUUCCAACGCGAAAGCUCAUUUUCUCGACUAUUGGUUAUUCGCUUUCCCCAAAUGAAAUCACCAGAAUACGUUCGUGAAAAAAAGAAAUAUUUAUUUUCUUAUCUAAUUUGUACAGCACUUACACAAAUCUCAUUUUCUGAUGAGUUUUUUUUCUAUUUUUAAAAAUCUGAGUUAGUAUACAAGUUUUAUAAUUUUUAGUGGAGUUUUUGUUGUUGAUUUGUUA